UACAAUAGGGGAUAAAGCACUGAGUAAAAUAUUGCUUAAAUGAAAAUAUUGUAAAAUAUCACUGCGCGCAAUGAUACUUUGCGCGGAGUAAAUCGGCUUACUUCCUCUUUUAUCACGUUGUGAAAUUUUGCAGCCAUGAGCACUCUGAGGUUGCAGAAACGGCUAGCUGCCAACGUACUGAAGUGUGGCAAAAACAAAGUUUGGUUGGAUCCCAAUGAGACAAACGAGAUUGCUAAUGCCAACUCCAGACAGAACAUCCGAAAGCUUAUCAAGGAUGGUCUCAUCAUCCGGAAGCCGAUGGCGGUCCACUCACGAGCAAGAGUGCGCAAAAACAUGAUCGCCCGAAGGAAGGGACGCCAUAUGGGAUAUGGUAAGAGGAAGGGUACAGCCAAUGCCCGUAUGCCACAGAAGGUGAUCUGGAUGAGAAGGAUGAGGGUUCUCCGCCGACUCUUGAAGCGCUACAGGGAGGCUAAGAAAAUCGACAAGCAUCUGUACCAUGAGCUGUACCUGAAGUCCAAGGGUAAUGGCUUCAAGAACAAGCGUGUACUCAUGGAGCACAUUCACAAGAGGAAAGCUGAAAAGGCCCGCUCCAAGCAGCUCAGUGACCUCGCUGACGCCAGGAGAACCAAGGUCAAAGAAGCCCGCAAACGCCGCGAAGAGAGGAUUGCACAGAAACGAGCAGACCUCAUCAAGUCAUAUGCUGAUGAUGACUCCAAAAAAUAAACUAUUGUUCUGUAUUUGUGCGUUAUUAAAUGGGAUCCGAAAGAGA